AGGCUAUGCUGCCGCAGUGUUCAUGUACAAAAGCAUGUCUCCAGCACGGACGCAACAUUCACCGAGGCCUCCUUUUCUCUUUCUCUUUCUCUUUCUCUUUCUCUUUCUCUUUCUCUCGGUCCGAUGUCUUUUCAACCCACGAAGUUUCCUUCUCCCAUUGGCGGCGUGCCCAACCCGCACGACCUCGCCCCUUCAGUGGUCUUCGCCGUACUUUAUGCCUUGACGAUCCCGCUCGCCGUCUACCGGCUCGCGUCCAAGAACUCCCGCAACCUCUUCAUCAUCGCCAGCGUGAUCUUCGCCGCCGAGCGCGUCGUCGACUUCUCCUUCCGCGCGGCGGAGGCGGAGACGCCCAGCAUGCGCACGACGAAGUUCUGGGUCGGCUGGCUCCAGAGCGCGUACGCGAUGGGCUUCAUCGGCCUCGCGGGCGACGUCGGCAACAUCGCGCGCGCGUUCCUGCUCAAGUCCACGCGCGCCGCGGAGCCCCCGCUCAACCUGCUCGUCUCGUCCGACGAGGAGCGCGCGGCGUUCCCCAAGCCGGACGAUCGCGCCGCGACGUUCGCCCAGUAUGACGGGGCGGGCGUGCGGGAGGUCUUCAUGGACGAGCCGGAGCGCAGGGCGUGGAUCGAGCGCUACGGCGUGGUCUCGCUGGUCAUGCGGCUUACGGCCUUGACGUUGGGCGGCGUGUACAGCGGGUUGUACUUUGACGGGAUAACGGACCACGCCAAGGCGGUGACGGCGCAGCGGAUGAGAUACGCGUCGGACAUCAUCGUGGUGGUGUACCUGCAGCUCGUCAAGGCCGUGCUCAUCUGGGCGCUGUUCACGCGACCCAAACGCGUCGCCCGCUGGCCCGCGCUCUUCUUGAUGGCUUUAUGUCUUCUUCUUUCAAUACCCGCGCUCUACCGCCUCGCCGCGAUGGCGAACUACACCGACUCCCUGCUCUCGAUGGCACCCGGCUCGCUCAACAGCCCCGCGGCGAAGACGGUGUUCUACACGCUGCACGUCGCGCCCGAGUUCGUCGUCGGCACGCUGCUGCUCUCGGUGAACGUGAAGAAGAUGUUCGGCUUCGCUACGUGGCGCGGGCGAGCGUCGGGUCGGGAAGGCCGUUGGCCACCCCGUGGCUUUCUAACUUAUUAGUAUUGUACAUGUGCUCUUAUUGUCUCUUGCUCUUUUUAAGUGUUUUGUUUGCAACCAGGACAUUCGCAUUUCGCCACUGCAAAAACGUUGCCACGAAACUGGGCGAGUUGAGGAGAGCCCUCCGAGUCUGGCAGGGGUUACCCACUCACUACUAUCAGCAGAUCCACCAC